AUGGCGACUGAUGAGAUCAAAUUGAGCAUGAAGCUUUUGAUCGACACUAAGAAUAAAAAAGUAGUAUUUGCUGAGGUUGAAAAAGAUUUUGUUGAUUUCCUCUUUUACAUUCUUACAUUGCCAUUGAGUACUGUUACUAAGCUUCUUAAGGAUAAAGGAACGAAUGGGUGCUUGCCUAACAUCUACGAGAGCGUAGAAAAUCUGAAUGACACUUAUAUGAAGUCUAAGCAUAUCAUUUUACAACCAAUGUGUCCUGUUAAUAUUUCAAAAGCUCCUCUUCCAUUGCUUGAUGGCAUUCCUACUCCAACUGCUCUUUUUAAAUGUUCCGUCUCCUUCUGCACUGCUUAUGUCACCGAUGAUCCUGCUAGUUGCUGUCCAAAUUGUAUGAGCCGUAUGUCAAUAAAAGUGGCUUAUGCUGCAGAUCCACCUGGAGUAAAGGAAUCUAAGGCAGCAACAGGGGUUUUUGUAAAGGCUGUAGUGAAGUACAUGGUGAUGGAUGACUUGGUGGUUAAGCCUCUCUCCCUAUCUAACAUUACCGCUCUUAAAGACUACUCUAAUAUUAAGGAGAUUGUUUCAUUGCACCAAGAAGUUGUACAGUUUGGAAAGGAAGAGGCGUUGAAGUUGCUGAAAUCCUCUUUGGAGUCGAAAGCUGUUCUGACAAGUGUUUUCAUGAGCCUUGUAAAAGUGGAGAAAUAG